AUGAGGCUAAGGAAUCGGAACAAACUGCAAAUUUUCCAGGUGUUUGGCCAGCAUAUUGUACUGCUUCAAAUAUGGCUAUCGUUUUUGCAGCGAAAUUUGUGCUGUAAUAAGGUUAACAUAAGUCAACGGGAGUAUGUGAGCAAGUAUCGAGAGUAUUUUCAACGUAUACAUGAUCGUAAGCGGCAAGAACUGGCUGAGUUGGCAUAUACGAUUCAAGAUUCUAUUGAGUGGGAAAUAGAAAACGUGCCGUUGCAUAUUGUUAGUAUCAUACCAAAUACGACGGAAUUCGAACAGUAUUCACGCCGAAAACGCAACGUUUUAGAUAAUAAUAUUGAUGCCGAAAGAAAAACAGUUAUUAACAACUUCAUUUUAAAACACGAGCUGACUAAGCGUGGCCUCAGGAAGCGCCGGCAAAAAAAGGUCAGAACUGCAAUGGUUUUGCAUUUUGAACUGGAAAAAAAUAUUAAUGAACUGCAUCCCGGCGAUGUCGAGGAGGCCAAUAUUCGACUUAUGGUUAUACAUAGCUCAACCCUAGCUGCCAAGUCUGCUAAACAAAAUAAUCACUCUUGUAGCACCGACGGCGUCAAAAAUGGUAAGCAGAAAGUGAGUAAAAAUGUGUCUGUCAAGCAUAUUUUAAAUUUAAAGGUAUAUCAACGUUUGAGGCAUGGCAAACGCGUUUUUCUCGAUAGUCGCAAAGUGGAAAUCAAGGUGGACCCAAGUCUCGCUGACGGUACACAAAGCCAGUGGUUGCAAUUCGAUGUGACAAAAGCUGUAGAAGUAUGGCUACGCGAGCAACAGUCCAACCUUGGCCUCGAAGUACAGUGCGACAACUGCCAGCGAGCUGGUGUACGCAUACUAAACUACAUUUCGUUCAAUGUCACUAAUUCUGAAACAUAUGAUGCACAAUUAAUGCCAGUUUUAAAUAUAAUUGGCCGGUUUGGCUUAAAUUACAAAGAGAUAAGAUCGAAUAAAUAUUCUAAGUCCGCUAAGGCGAUAUAUCACCAUCAUAACGUUGCAAUACUGGCGAAUGGCCGACAUGGCUCUAAUCCUGCGCUGUACAAACACAGUUGCCACAAGACCAAUCAGCGCUGCUGCCGACACACAAUGGAAGUAGUAUUUAAAAAACUCAAAGGUUUCGAAUUUAUAAUACAACCGAAGGUAUUUGACGCUGGCUACUGCCACGGCCGCUGCCCGCCGCGUUAUAACCCCGCCCACCACCACGCCAUGUUACAGAGCCUAAUUUGGAAGCAAAAUCGUGAGCACGCACCGCGUCCUUGUUGUGCACCAUCAAAACUAGUUGAACUCGAAGUUUUACACGUGGACGAAAAAGACAGCGAAAAACUGAAAAUCUCAACAUGGACUGAUAUGCGAGUGGUUGAGUGCGCGUGCUCGUAAGAGUCAUAAUUAUGUGAUAGCAAAAAGAGUUCUAUAGUUUGUAAUAUAUCGAUCAUUAUACGAGUACAUAGGUAUAUGUAAGUAAAGGGUAAAUAAAACAUGUGAAAAUGUAGAUCUUUCA